CCUCCUCCUCGCUGGUACAUCGUCCAGUGUAAUCCUGGCCUAGAGGACAGCGUCAAGGCCACUAUCAUGGCUAAGGUUGCAAAUAGCCGCCGCCUGCAGAAGACGGUAGUCGAGGUUCUCGUUCCAUGCACAAAGGUCACCAAGCUGGGGCUGGGCAACAAGCCGGUAGAGAAGCAGGAGAAGCUCUUUGCUGGCUAUGUCCUCGUGCGUAUGCGCAUGGACAAGGACACGUGGUUCAUGAUCAAGAACUCCAACCACGUCCUCAACUUCGUGGGGCAUGACCGCGCGAGGAAGAACGCUGGAGGAGGCAUCGCUGCGGGGAGGGGCCAUGUGGUUCCAACGCCCCUGACGCGAGAUGAGGAGCGGAGGAUCUUCGAGCGACUUGGGAUGAUGGAGACGUCCAAGGUUCCUGUGGCGUUCGAGGUCGGGACGAGGGUGCGAGUGAAGGGAGGAGCAUUCAGCGGGAACGAGGGGAAGGUGGUGGAGAUCGAUCACAACAUGGACCUGUACAGGAUCCGCUUCGACCUCUUCAAGAGCGAGACUCCCACUGAGUUCAGCGCCGAGCAGCUCGAGCGC